AUCGUUUACUGGCCCUUACACCUCAGCUGGAGCCGGCUGUCCCCCACGCGGCAGACUCCUGCAACGCCUUCCACCGAGCAGUGCAUAAAAAAACAUUGCUCUCACCGGCCUGCAAUCAGCUCAUGUGCCUCCGCACACUCAGUUCCGGUUUGAACUGCUCCCCCCUCCGCCGACUAUCCUCGAAUCCCAUCACGCCGCCAGCAGAUGGGCGUGGAAGACUCGGAUAAACCUCAGCAGUCCGAUUCAGCACCUUCCACUUCACCUCCCACGCCAACAACAGCGGUACUCUGCUCACCUUCAACGGCACACAUUCCACCCCGUCAAACAGUUCCGUCAUGAGCCAGUACGGCUUUCAGACAGUCGCCAUUGUCCCGGAGAUGGACGAUGCUGCGUCCGAGGACAUUCCAGCCAUACAUACCGCCCCCGCUGUCCGAGGUACCUCCAGCGGCAGAGGCAGGGGGCGCGGCCGCUGGCCUCGCGGCAGGAGCGCCAAGGUCACCAAGCCAGCCCAAACAAAACCCCCUUCGGGUCGUGGACGUCGCCACAAGGUCUACGACUCACUUAAAGUCCAGGCUGCUCACGAGCGCAUCCAAGAGCUCAGGCAGGCCUACUCAUCCGUCGUGAGGGUGGUUAAGCCGGCAGUCCAAGAGCUUGCCGACCGCUCCAUCAACGAGUUGCUCGAGGACCCUACCACCUACAAACAAGUGCCCGAAUACGACGCCACAAAGAAUUUCCUCCGCAAGCGCCGUGAAGACACCAUCAAACAAUGCAAUGAGCGUCUCCAGCAGGGACUCGCCAUGGUAGAGAAUGUCUGGCAAGCCCAGCAUCAGAAAGUCAACGAAGAGUAUACUACUAUGGUCGCCGAGCUGUGUGAGGAUCGAUAUGGCCAGCUUCUCCUCCAACUCGACACUCUCGAGUACCUCUACGACAACCGCCUGCCUGCUGAUCUGCCCGCUCUGCCCGAUGAAAGGUAUCUGUUCAAGGCAAUUAGCCAGGAGGAUGCCGACUGGCAAGGGAUUUUCUACCAGGUCGAGAACGGGGUCGAGGUCCCGCAUUCCGGCAAGACCAUCUCCGAGUUGAUGGUCAAGCCGCAGACUUUACCGCUGGAGGUCAAGAGAAAGGCAGACGGUCAGCCAGAGGACGAGCCAGCGCCAAAGUCGGCUGCUGCUGCCAAGGGUGACGACCCUAUGGCUCAGAUGCCUCGCCACCCGGCCGGCUUGCUCGGCGCAACUGAAGCCAUCGAGGAGAGCGUGACGACGACUCCGGACUCGGCCUCCAACGCCGCGAGUCCAGCCGCAGCACCCGAGCCGGUCGAGGAAGCUGGUCGGGCCGGACAGCCCCUCACCAGCGGCGGCGAAACGUCCGACGACGGGCCCGAACUCCCAAUUCCCCGCAGCGCGACUAGCCCGGACGAAUUCGGCGUUCGUCUCAUCUCAAGGCGGCCCACUCGCAUGGACGUCCCAAACAACCGCAUCAUGGUACCCAACCUCUUCGAGUGGGAUGACCUCGACAUCGGCUUCCGGGAUUCGACCAACUGUGCCAAGAAGGGCGCCACCAAGCAGCGCCGCGGCAAGUACUUGGGCAAACCCGGUUCAAACUACAUGUUCAUCGACCGGCGGGUCGGCAUCUGGGACUCCACCCUGGCGGCUGGCGAGCUGGACGAGGAACUGGUCAGGAAGCACAAGCUCCACCCGACGCUCGGCAUUGUAUUGCCCGACUCAGUUAACGAGUGGGAGCCCCCAAAGCCAACAGUGAGCGGUUGGAAGCCCGUCGUUUUCGUGCCGCCUAGAGGCGAGCCCAUCCACGCCUCGCGGACCAUUGAGAGCGCCCGUAUGGACAAGGAGACAGAGGAUGUCGAGGUGCGGAUGAAGGUCACAAAACUUCUGCGCACCAUCCGCGAGCAAGAGGACAUCUCGGAGGAAGAGGUCGCACCAGAACCAGAGCUUGUGGAGAGCAAUCGGGUAGAGACGCUGGUUGCUCGAGGCAUCGACCCCGCCCAGGUUGCUGUUCCCCAGCCUAAGCCACCCCCCCGGCCCUCCGAGCCUGUGACAGAAGAACCUGUGGCAGAACCUGUGGCAGAACCUGUGGCAGAACCUGUGGCAGAACCUGUGGCAGAACCUGUGGCGGAAGACACGACGGCCUUCAUUCAAUUUGUUGAUGAUGCUCUCCGCGCAGCUGCCACCAUCGAGGCAGAGAAGGCCGCCCGGAUGGCCGCGGCAAAACGCACCCAACCUUCACGACCUUACGAUGCCAUUCGGGAUGUUUUUACCGAGACGCCGACCGCGCGGCAGCCUUCUCCGCCCCCUGCGCAGGAGACUCCAGCUCAGGUAUUCGCUGACACCAGCGGCCUUUCUCGCCUCGCGGAUCUCGCCUUACAGUCGGAGACCGCUGCCCCCCAGCCCAUCGUGGUCGAGCCGGUGCAUUACACUCAGCCGCCGCCCCACGUAACUGAUAGGCCCAAUGAUUAUGAGCAGCCACAGACUGAGUACCCCCGACCGUUCGAAUACCCGCCGCCUCCGGAACCAACACGCCUCACCUGGCAGGAUGUGCCUCCGCCAGCCGUAGAGCCCGUCCGAAGCAACGACUUCCUCCGGACUGCCCUGAAUCCGCAGCCGGCCACCCCUCAACCUCCCAUGCCGCCGGUCCAGGAUUACCCCAGCGUUACUCUUGCUCCAGCGCCCGGCCCCGGUCCCAACUCGGCGACACAAGCAGCGGCCGGCCGAAAUGCCUUCUCCAGCACCGGAGGCGCCAAAGCCCUUCCAGCGCUGCGGCCGAUGCGGAGUUUAUUGAACGAGGCCCCGGCAUACCCUGAGCCGCAAGGCAGCCCAGCCUUGCAUCACAGCAACAUGGUGCCCUCAAACAGCGGUGCAUUCUACCCGCCCGCAGCGAACCGUCCGUUCCACAACGCGUACUCCUUCCAAGAUACUGCGCAGCCGAUGCAGCCCAUCAUGCCCCAACAAUCGCUGCCGAACAAUCUCCAGGCGCCACCUCUCGCUGGCCCGCCCAUGGGAUCUGCACCUCUGCGGCGAAUGAGCACUCCGCCGCCGUACCACCAACCUAUCGGCCCUCCCACCCUCGGCCCGGUGCCAGGAGGCCCCAUGCACUACCAAGGCGCGCAGCCACCCCUCGCGCCAGCAGCAGGGCCGGCCCCUCGCUCGCGCCCAGGAAGCUCCUCGGCAGCGAACGCCGCGGCCUCGUCCAAGUACCGCAAGCUCGAGCCGGCGCCUACCCCGCCCCACCGGCUGUCGUACUCGGGCAACGGCCAGGAGCUCCGCACUGUCCCGUUCGACCCGCGCGGGUCCAUCAAGGACUAUCCGGCCGUCGAGGCCCCGCCAAAGCAUGGGCCCACUCAUAUCCGGGGCUGGACGCACAACAAUAUCAGGAAAGCAUCGGCCGCGCACACCCGGCCGUCGCCUUCCUCCCCCAAAGGCGACGCCGCCCACACCAGUGCCGGUGCCGGCUCGGAUGAGCCAUCUGCUUAGAGGGCGGGUGGACUCCGAGGCGGUGCUGGCGCGAAAAGCGUGGGCAAGAAGAUGAUCUGGGGUUGGAAGCGUACGAGGGAUGACGAUGAUGGUGGGAAGCGGGGGCAGGCAAAGAAGGUCAGAGCGGCUGGUCCCGUCUUUGAUCCCGGUUCAGGUCCUGUCAUGACACCGGCAUUUGCAUUGUAUUCGGCUCCUGCGCCCUCUCCGUUUGUGCCGGUUUUGUCACAGGAGAUCAGCAGCAGCGCAGCGGUUGCUACCUCUGCCCCAUCGGCAUCGACCCAGGCAGGUCCUACCCCUCCUACUGCGGCUGCGGCAUAUGGGGAGGUCAGACAUGCGGGAGUACUCAGCUCAGGCUCUCCUGGGGGGGUUGACGGCAUACAGGCACGGAACGAGGUAUCUCGCACCGAUGGUGACCAGCAGAGUCAACAACGGCAAGCCAUAGU